CCCUGCCAACAACGGCCUCCGCCUCCUGCUCCGCCGCCGCCGGAUUCGCUCCCCCCACCGGCCGGCACCGACCGUUCCCGCACCACCGCGCCGCCUCCCUCCCGCCGGCCACCGUCGCUCUCCUCCCGCCCCCGCCCCAGCACGCGCGCGUCGUCGAGCACCACCAGUAACGCCUCCCCCCCGCACGAGGUCCACGCAUCGGCAUCCACCCAUCCAUCCACCUUUGACUGCCCAGUCCAGAUUCCGCAUCCAGAUCUAGCCGCGCGCGCGAUCCGGGGAGGGGGGCGAUGAACGGUGGCAUCGCUCCGCCGCCGGCCGCGGCCGCGACGGAGGCGGAGACGGCGGCGACCACGCCGAGCCACCGGCGGCUGCCGGACUUCCUCCAGAGCGUGAACCUCAAGUACGUGAAGCUGGGGUACCACUACCUCAUCACCCACCUCAUCACGCUGCUGCUGCUGCCGCUCAUGGCCGUCAUCGUCCUCGAGGCCGGCCGCACCGACCCCGACGACCUCCGCCAGCUCUGGCUGCACCUCCAGUACAACCUCGUCUCCGUGCUCGUCCUCUCCGCCGUCCUCGUCUUCGGCGCCACCGUGUACGUGCUCACCCGCCCCCGCCCCGUCUACCUCGUCGACUUCGCCUGCUACAAGGCGCCCGACCACCUCAAGGUCGGCUUCCAGGAGUUCCUCCGCCACUCGGCGCUCUGCGGCUUCUCCGACGACGCCCUCGAGUUCCAGCGCAAGAUCCUCGAGCGCUCGGGGCUCAGCGAGGAGACCUACUGCCCCGAGGGCAUGCACGCCAUCCCGCCCGAGCCCACCAUGGCCAACGCCCGCGCCGAGGCCGAGUCCGUCAUGUUCGGCGCGCUCGACAGCCUCUUCGCCGCCACCGGCGUCAAGCCCAAGGACGUCGGCAUCCUCGUCGUCAACUGCAGCCUCUUCAACCCGACGCCCUCGCUCUCCGCCAUGAUCGUCAACCGGUACAAGCUCAGGGGCAACGUCCGGAGCUUCAACCUCGGCGGGAUGGGCUGCAGCGCCGGCGUCAUCGCCAUCGACCUCGCCCGGGACAUGCUCCAGGUGCACCGCGGCACCUACGCCGUGGUGGUGAGCACGGAGAACAUCACGCAGAACUGGUACUUCGGCAACCGCAAGUCGAUGCUCAUCCCCAACUGCCUCUUCCGCGUCGGCUGCUCCGCGGUGCUCCUCUCCAACCGCGGCGCCGACCGCCGCCGCGCCAAGUACAGCCUCAAGCACGUGGUGCGCACGCACAAGGGCGCCGACGACAAGGCCUUCAACUGCGUGUACCAGGAGCAGGACGGCGAGGGCAAGACCGGCGUCUCCCUGUCCAAGGACCUGAUGGCGAUCGCCGGCGGCGCGCUCAAGACCAACAUCACCACGCUGGGGCCGCUCGUGCUCCCCUUCAGCGAGCAGCUGCUCUUCUUCGCCACGCUGGUGUCCAAGAAGCUCUUCAACGCCAAGGUGAAGCCCUACAUCCCGGACUUCAAGCUGGCGUUCGAGCACUUCUGCAUCCACGCCGGCGGGCGCGCGGUGAUCGACGAGCUGGAGAAGAACCUGCAGCUGCAGCCGGUGCACGUGGAGGCGUCCCGGAUGACCCUGCACCGGUUCGGCAACACCUCCAGCAGCUCCAUCUGGUACGAGCUGGCCUACAUGGAGGCCAAGGGCCGCGUCCGGCGCGGCGACCGCAUCUGGCAGAUCGCCUUCGGCAGCGGGUUCAAGUGCAACAGCGCGGUGUGGCACGCCCUGCGCAACGUCAAGCCGUCGCCCAGCACCCCCUGGGACGACUGCAUCGACCGCUACCCCGUGGAGCUCGUCGACGGCUUCCCCACCCACAACCACAAGCAGCAGCAAUAGCAUCCGCGCCCAUCGCCAUUGGAGCUCUUCCUGAUACAGAAACCUCACUCAGAAUGGAUCAAUUCAAAUCCAUUCAUGGUUACCAGAGACAUAAUUAAUGGGUAGUACUGCAAGAAGAAUCUCCAGGCGUGGUGUAAGUCUGCUAUGCUCUGCUCUGAUCUGUAUGAAUGCAACUCUGUGCUCAUCUUCAAGAAGAUUUUGAUUGCUGGUCUGUGUACUUGAGGUAUCUGGACCAGCAUCCUGCCCUGACCGACCCUGUGGUGGUAAGUUUUACUCCAGUCCAGUAGUAGCAUAGCAGAGUGGUGGUGAUGAGGAGGUCAAUGAGAUAUGCCUGCUGUUGUGUUGUUGUAUGUACAUUUGUUGUCUCUUUUAGCCAUUGCUGGGGAUUUGCCAUUCACCACAGACAGUGAGGGGUCCGUCCAUAGGAGGGGCCAAUCUUUAUUUUUGGUUACAUGAGAAAUUAAGAGAUUGAUUCAUGCUGGUUA